AUGACGGUGACGAUACUUGACAUUCCUCCAGAGGUACUGGUAAAUAUUUUAUUCAUGUUGGACAUCAAGUCAUAUCAUGCGGUGAGACAAACCAAUGGUGCACUUAGACGACUGGCUACCCAGAGAAAAGUUGAAGUGGUCAUGCUGAAUAGGUUUGUUCAAGAACAGAUAGUACACUUGGAUAGAGGAGAGGCAGAUUACCAUGGAUACACAGAUCCUACCACGUUAGCUGAUAUUAGAAGUAAAGAAUGGAAAACUGGGGAACACCCAAUUGAUGACACUCUGAUUAGUGGUACUACUGAUAACCAGGCUCUUGACAAAAGUUAUCUAGCCCUGAGUAGAGAGCUCUUUAUUGGAUUGGACGUUUAUCCCAAACAUAAGAUAUUUACGCCUAAAAUCGACCUGAGAAGUCGAGAUCAAAAAGAUCAAGGAACAUAUGAUCAAAAUGUGGGCAACAGCCAGCUAUCUCCCAGUAAAGAGUUUUAUUCUUUGGAUGGCACAAAGCUUGUUCUCGUUACUUUAGUCUAUCCAAUCAAUGCCGUCCGUCAUUAUCAGAUUGCAAUUUACGAUUUGAGUAAAGGUGCCCCGCGUUUGGAAACACUCUGCCCUAUUCCGCAUGAUAAUAUUCCGUCGUGUCUGUCCGUAAGUGCAGAAGGUCGUUAUAUUGCACUUCAAGUAGAUAGUGGCUCUGUUAACGUUUACGACAGAUAUGAUUCAAAAACAAAAGGCUUUUUAGUGGAUUCAUUGGGAAAAUCUAUUUUCACCCAGAUCUAUCCUUCCAUUAUCAAGGAUCUUCACAUAUCGGCAGGAGGAGAGAUUUUAUUUUUACGAUUUUCACGAUUAGGAGGCUUGAUAUUAGUUAAUUUAGAUACUAAUGAGGAGAUGGAUAUUGGACAUUAUCGAUUGGAUCUUGAUCUGGGUCUGCAUCAUACUGACCGUGUGCUAACAGUUUCAUCUCGAAUUGGCGAAACAGUAGUGUUUGGAAGGGCUACAGAUUUUAAUAAGGAAAGACCAAGGAAUCUAUGGGAAUAUUAUAAAGUUCUGUUGAGUCAGGAAGUGUCAACAUGUAUUCCACUAACUCACGCAAUUCCUUUGAAUGCGGAGAAUACUUUUAUUGGAGUACCAAAUCAUAAAGUGGGUUUGUGCAUUGGGUAUGAUCCAGAUUACUCGUCGUAUGUCACAUCAUUCGAAUCAUUCUCAACGGAUAAUGAGCGGCGCUCAAUUAAGCCAGAUGGUGGACCAACGCAUUCUGUGGCUGGUGAAGGACCCGAUAAUAAAGAUAAUUCGGAAUCUGAAAGUGAAUCUGAGUCAGAUGAUGAAUCUGAGGUAGGUUCACAGAGAGACGAUGCAGGAACAGCUCGACUUUGCAAAAUACCUAUGACUGAUGAGGGUCCUAAAAUUUGGGCUUUAUCUCCCGACACCAGUAGAGUAGCGUUUGUUCGAAACCCAGCAAUCCCAGUGAGUUCCAUCGUUCUUGUAAGCUUAAAUGCCCAUCUCCUUAAAAAGUUCAGUUUCAACCCGGAUGAGCCUGAGAUCUACAAAGAGGUGCAAUGGCGCACCAUAAUCAAUGUAGAACAAAAGCCAAUUUUUGACCUUCGAUUUGUGGAUCGCGAUCAUUUUCUUGUUCGACACGAGGACAUGAUUGUUAUAUACGAAAUCUCUACGACCACCGAAGCCACAAGUUAUUCUAAAAUAGAACCCACUGGUAAGGUGACGUAUAUCGCCUAG